AUGGCGCGACAGCAGGCCCUGCAGCAGUCCGCGCAGAAGGCCAACUUGCAAGUGAUCGCCAUGCUGAAGUCACUCAUGAAUGUGAUGCGUACAUUAAUGACGAUCCUAAACACCCCGAAUGCUCGCUGCGCACUGCAGAUCCGUGCCUGCAUUGUUCUGUCUCUGGCCACCAGCGCUUUCGCUGGUUUCGUCGGCACCGCCGGGUAUGGCGUUGGUCUGGCCGCUGCUCCAGCCGUGGCCACCGUUGCCCACGCUGCCCCAGUUGCCACCUUCACCGCUGCUCCAGCCGUGACUAAGGUUUCCACCACUUACGCUGCUGCUCCAGCUGUCGCCACUGUGGCCCACGCCCCAGUAGCCACCGUAGUUGCUGCCCCCGCCGUCGCCUCCUACGCGGUUGUUCCAGCUGUGACCCGCGUCGCCACUGUCGCCCACGCUGCUCCAGUGGUUACCUACGCUGUUGCUCCAGCUGUCACUGCCGUGCACGCUGCUCCAGCUGUCGCUACCUACGCUGCUGCCCCAGUUUUUGCUGCUGCUCCAGCUGUGACCCGUGUCGCCACUGUUGCCCACGCUGUCUCAGUACCCACCGCUGUUGCCGCUCCAGUGGCCACGUACGCUGCUGCCCCAGCUGUCACUGCCGUCCACGCGGUCCCAGCUGUUUCAACUACCACCGUCCACCACGCCCCAGCUGUGGCCACCAUUGCCCACGCGGCCCCAGCCGUCGCUGCCUACCAUGCCGCCCCAGUAUACUACGGCUACGGCGUUGGCACCCUCGGCUACGGUGUUGGUCACUACGGCUACGGCCAUGGUCUCCUCGGCUACGGCCUGAACUACGGCUACGGUCUUGGCACUCCCUUCCACUACGGCGCUCUCCUCCGCAAGAAGUCGCUUUCGCUGGUUUUGUUGGCACCGCCGGCUAUAGCAUUGGCCUGGCUACUGCUCCAGCCGUGGCCACCGUUGCCCACGCUGCCCCAGUUGCCACCUGCGCCGCUGCUCCAGCCGUGA